UGAUUUCCUGAUUGGCCCCCUUAUUUGCUACACUCACCCUUUGCCUCCUCCAUUCCCAUACCUUAAAAUAACACACUAUCCAUUUUUUUUUAAAAUUUUUUAAUUUUUUCGUAUUUCAUUGUAAAAGAUAAUACUAAUCCAUCCUCUUUAUGUCCAACUCACUCACAUUUCACAAAAACAAAAAACCACACUCAAAUAUGAAGAUGAGAAACAAAGGUAAAGUUUACCCUUCCACUUCAUCCACCACCACCACCACCACCACUUCCCAACCGGACGGAGACUAUCUUUCCGUGUUAAACCUUUUACCGGCAGCCAUUCUUAGCUUAGCCGUGGUUCUUUCUCUUGAAGACCGUGAAGUUUUGGCUUAUAUGAUUACUAGGUCUAUUCAAUCCACUAACCCAUCUUAUUUUGAAAACAAGAAAAACAACAACAACAAAAGUACUAUUGUCAACAACAAUAUUAGUCAUAAAUCUCCAUUAUUUGAGUGUGACUGUUUUGAUUGUUACACUAAUUUUUGGUACAAAUGGGAUUCUAGUCCUAACCGUGAGCUUAUCCAUCAAGCCAUUGAAGCUUUUGAAGAAAGCUUGACCAACAAUGAACACUCCAAAAAGAGAACCAAGAAAAAAGAUAAAAUGGCUCAUCGCCGUUUAGCCGGAAAACAUCACUCUCCGGCGGCUGAGAGUAGUCCAAGUGUUGUUGUUCAAGUAUUACAGCAAGAAUAUGAAGUCCUGCCAUUUGAUGAAAAAGUUCAAGAAAUUGUUGAAGAACAAAAUGGGGUUUUGGGUAAUGUGGUGGAGGAGAUGCCGGAGUCGCCGGAGAUGGCGGUGGUUGUGAGACCGGCGGCGGCUGGUCAGAAUAAAGGGCUGGCUAGGAAAGUGUUGCCGGAUGUGAUAGGGUUGUUUAAUUGGCGUUUAUUUAGUCUUUGGAGUCCGAAUGUGUAGUGAGGGAUGAAAUUUUAUUAGUAUUUUUUUUCUAAGAAAACAGAAGAAAUUCUCGAUAUGUGUUAUAUCUAUAUCUAUUUACCUACUGUCUGGUCACUGUACACUAUGGCCUAUUUGAUUAAAAUUGGCAUUGGUUUUUGUUCCUUUUAUUUUUCCCCAACUUUAGGUCUGGCCGGAGGUACCAUUAAUCCGGCAUGAAGAAUGUUUUUCCGGUGAAAUGACAUACACAAAUUUUGGUUGAUAAAAA